UACACUGUUGAGCUGCCGCUGGGGAAGAUCAAAGAUGAUGCCAGUGAAAACACAGCAGCUUUACCUGCCUUGUUUACUCGCCGCUGUGUUUGUAAUACUGAUGGUGAUCAUGGGAAAGGACAACACCUUCGUGUGGAAGACGAAGAAGUUUGACACUGGCGAGGGAGAGAAGUGUGGCAAGCCGUGUCCAGUAGUGGGGCUGGAGACCAUCGAGCAGUAUAGAGCCUAUCUCCACCACACACAGAGUAAUUGUACAAAUAUAGUACAGUUUGGGGGCAAGCCACCGGCUCCCGCCGACGGAGCCAAGUUUGUGUGUCUGGACAAGAGGUUCAACAUUAAGCCCGGCAACUGUAUCGUCUUCUCCUUCGGUGUCAACAACGAGUGGUCCUUUGAGGACGAAAUCGCCAAAUAUGGCUGCAAGGUGUAUGCUUACGACCCCACCAUGGGGAAAAAGGACCACAAACGUUCCGACAACGUUACAUUUUUUUCCAUGGGCAUCGGUAACUUCAAAGGCGGGAAGAGCGUUGGCAUGUUGAACGUAUUUUCCACUCGGAAGGUGGAUCGCUUCGAGAACUUGGUGAACCAGCUGGGACUCGCGGGUCAGGUGAUCGACUACGUGAAGCUGGACGUGGAGCUGUCGGAGGUGGACUUCCUGCAGGAUAUGCUCCUUAACUCUCCACACGUCCUCAGGAACAUCAAGCAGAUCGCUAUGGAAGUUCAUGAUGACUAUUUCAAAGGUGACCUGAGCCAGACUAGCAGACAACAGGUGUUCUGGCCCUACUUCAUGCUGCUCCAGUGUCAAGACUUCCGACUGGUCCAGUCCCGUGACGCCAAUUCAGGACGGUGGCGAGAGGUGGUGUGGGCCCGGGAGGUCGACUGGUAGCCCCCGUCCUCCAGCGGGAGGUGGUGUGGGCCCGGGAGGUCGACUGGUAGCCCACGUCCUCCAGCGGGAGGUGGUGUGGGCCCGGGAGGUCGACUGGUAGCCCCCGUCCUCCAGCGGGAGGUGGUGUGGGCCCGGGAGGUCGACUGGUAGCCCCCGUCCUCCAGCGGGAGGUGGUGUGGGCCCGGGAGGUCGACUGGUAGCCCCCGUCCUCCAGCGGGAGGUGGUGUGUGGGCCCGGGAGGUCGACUGGUAGCCCCCGUCCUCCAGCGGGAGGUGGUGUGGGCCCGGGAGGUCGACUGGUAGCCCCCGUCCUCCAACGGGAGGUGGUGUGGGCCCGGGAGGUCGACUGGUAGCCCCCGUCCUCCAGCGGGAGGUGGUGUGGGCCCGGGACGUCGGGCCCACACCACCUGGUUUUUAUUGAAAAUUAAAACAGAAGGAAGGUACAAUUAUAAAUUAAGUUCAUAAUUGUUAUUUUGUAUUUAAAAUCAAAACACAAUAAAAAAAGCUUACAGUAA